AAAGAAGUGGCUCGAAAACGUCGCGCUAUCACCACUCCUGCGGGAUCGAAAGAUGGAUACGGCGCCAAGUUGAGCACAAAAUCUGCAGCUGCUUCUAGGAAUAGCAUAAAUGCAUUGGCUGAAGCGGCGAGAAACGAUGUGGUAACUGUGAAUGUUACAGCGACCUCAUUUGCGAUCAAGGGUCUAAAACAUUACACCCGCUACUUCAUUCAAGUCACUGUGUGUCAAGAUCCAACCGCUCCCGAAACUCAUUGCUCAGCGAAAAGAGCGUGGCAGUACGUGAGAACCAAGCCAAUAAUGGAUGCUGAUAGAGUGGACAACUCAACGAUCAAUGUAGUAGUGCUGAAUGGUACGUCUGACAUACGUAUUACAUGGAAGAAACCUGUUGACCCCAACGGGAUGAUCGUGGCCUACAAAGUGAAAGUAAUGAAUACUGCAAAGCAGUCGACUCCUGUUGAUCAGUGCAUUCCUGUAUCAGCUGAUUGGUCUCCCAAUGUGAAUGGCGCAGUCUUCAAAGGAUUGAACGAUGGCGCUUAUCGUGUUGAAUUACGUACGGUUUCGUUAGUUGGCGUCUCCCAACCAACGUAUGCUGAAGAACUGUUUGAGAUUUAUACGCCGGGAUUUUGGACACUCAAGAACAUUCUGCUGACGUUGUUCUUCUUGCUGUUAUUUGCUGUAAUAGUUGGAAUAGUUGGCUACUUCUUUGUGAAGAAAUAUUACUCGCAGAAAGUGAAGGAGUACGCCACACAGUUGAUCUCAGCAAAUCCGGAGUACUUGUCUCAGGCAGACGUUUACAAGCCUGAUGAGUGGGAACUGCAGCGAUCUGAUCUCACGUUGGAAUGUGAAAUAGGGCGAGGAACAUUCGGAAAGGUGUAUCGUGGUUAUGGUAAUAAUGUCCUAUCCCGAUGCGGUGAUACUUUUGGCUUGUGCGCGAUCAAGACGGUAACGGAGACGGCUAAUUCGGCAGAGCGACUACACUUUUUGCUUGAAGCCAACGUGAUGAAGUCAUUCUCAGCUGAAGCAUUCAUUGUCAAGCUGUAUGGUGUUGUGUCGGAUGGUCAGCCAGUAUUAGUCGUAAUGGAAAUGAUGGAAAAGGUUGCUCAUAUUUGCCAUUGUAGGUACGAUUUGAUGGUGGAAUGCUGGAGAUAUGUACCUCGAGAGCGACCAACUUUCCGUCAAAUCGUGGAACAUCUCAUCCCAUUGGCUAGUGAUCAGUUCCGAGAGGCUUCGUGGAUCUACAACCAUCCUGCCACGGACUAUGCUUCAGACUCAGAACCAAUCUAUGUUCCUGAUGGUCAAGGAAUGCAACUUUUAGCUACCGAUGAAACAGCUGACGAGGUGGAGUACCGCCUGGCAAAUCGCGCAGGCAGCGCGAAACCUCGUCGUGGUGAAGGUGAUUCGUUAGAUACCGAUUCUGAAGCCGAAGAUGAGGUUUGA